AAUAAAAAUUUUAAGGCAGUACUUCGCCGCUGCGAAGCGCAGGUAUUUUGCUAGUAUUUAAUAAGUUUGACAGAGGGGGCCUUAGAGGUGCAGGGGGAGAAGAGCAGUGGGGAGAGCACACAUCCCUGGGUGGGGCCAUUUUGAUCAUGUGAUAGCUAGAUGAGAGUUUCACCUGCUGUUUCCUAUUGGUCCGGAAAUUGGUGAUCCAUUAAAAGGUGGAGGCAGGAACAGAAAACUUGGUGAGUUUCGAGUGGAGGAGUUCCAGGAUUAUUGUAUUGAACGCAGAGCUGAAGUCCACAAAGAGAAUCCUUGCAUAUAUCCCUGGAUUGUUAAGAUGUUGCAGGAUGUAGUGCAGUCCCAUGUUGACUGCAUCAUCCACUCGCUAGUUUUCUCGAGUUUUGAAUUUGCUUUAUCUGUGUUUUGUCUUACACCUGAUUUUACACCAACAACAACAAACUCUUCUUUCUUUUGCAGCCAUGAUCUCUCAUCCAAGAUGGAGCUUCAUAAUUUUAUUGUUUUUCCACAGCACAUACUUCUCUUGGGGAGAGGCCUUUUCCGUUGUUGGUCCUUCUCAUUCCAUCAUUUCUUACAUUGGUGAAGACAUCAUGCUGCCAGCCUCCCUCUCACCGGCACUGAAUGCUGAGGGGUUUCAAGUCAGGUGGUUUACAGCCGAAUUCAGGUCACCAGUGCUUUUAUACACAAAUUACAGUAUCGUAAAUCAAACUGACAGAAGAAUGUCCAUUUUUCAAGAGGAACUGAAGAAUGGAAGUGUAUCUCUGUUAGUACAAAGUGUCCGUGUUUCCGAUGAAGGCAUCUACACGUGCCAUGUAGACUCUGGAGAGCAGCAGGAAAAGGUCCAGAUCGCCUUGAGUGUGGAAGUUUUAGGUACUCAGCCCUCCAUUUCUGUGAGUUCCACUGAUGACCAGCAGACCCGACUGGAGUGCAGCGCUGAGAAGUGGAACCCACAACCAGAAGUCAUCUGGAGGGACAUGAAUGGGGCGGACGUGACAUCGCAGUCCUCAGUAACAACGGAGCGGGACAUGGAGGGGCUUCUGAAAGUGAGCAGCGUCAUCACCGUGAAGGAAGAGCACAACGUGUUCACCUGUCUGAUGAGAAGUAAAGCACCAAAGCCAGACUGGGCGUCCAGACUCUGUGUGUACAGUUUCUCCCCCAGAGCUUCUGGCUGGUUGGCGGCUUUCUGUGUCUUGCUGGCACUCUGUGUGUUGCUGACUCCACUGCUCCUCAUCCAAUGGACGAGAAUGAGAGAUAGGAGCUUAAAAUAUGACGCAAAGGUUCAGCUCCUCCGUCUGAGGUUUCUACAGAAGGAAGUCGAAAUGUCACAGCGCGUUACCAAUGCAGAAUGGAGUGUAAUCUACAGCUCAGCAGCUGAUGUGACCCUUGACCUUGAUACUGCGAAUCCGAGGCUUAUUGUGUCUGAAGCCGGUAAACAAGUGAGACACGUUGACACGUGGCAGUCUAUGACUGACAAUCCAAAGAGGUUUGACCCCAGUGUUUUUGUCCUGGCCAAAGAAGGAUUCACCUCAGGGAGGCACUAUUGGGAAGUGGAGGUCGGGGAAAAGACGGACUGGAUUGUAGGAGUCGCCAGAGAGUCUGUUGACAGAAAGGGUGACGUAAAUCUGAGCCCAUAUGACGGCUUCUGGACUCUGUGUCUGCUGAAGGAGGAAAUGUUUGACUACUUGGCUCUCACUGACCCAGAUGUUCACCUUCCCUUGAGAGUCAACCCCUGGACAGUGGGGGUGUUUCUCAAUUAUGAUGAAGGCCAGGUCUCCUUUUACAAUGCCAAGACCCAUACUCACCUGUACACCUUCAAGGAGUCCUUUAAUGAGAAACUCUACCCCUUCUUUUGUCCUUGUGAUAAUGAUGGUGGUAAAAAUGCAGACCCUCUGAUCAUCAGUAUUAUGCCUAAAGUGAAACUGGGAAGAUCAAAUGACCUAAAGAAGAACAGCAGCAGGAUCAGGAGGUGAAGAAUACUGUGGAGUGGGACAAGAAAAGGACUACUUGAAAAUCAGGCAAGGGUUUGGAGACAAAAACAUCAAAAAAAGAAAAAUCCAGUGAAUAAAGCUAAAACAAUAUCCAGAAAUACAAGAUUAAAAACAAAAGGUCCUUUACCAAAAAAUAAACUGUUUAAUAAAUGUUACCAACUGCAAAUCAA